AGACCUGAGCCAACCGGCCCGUAUAACAGAGAAGACCUCCUAUCCUCCUCAAGGAUAAAAAAAAGCCUUGAGGAAUAGAGAGAGGGGGAGAGAGAGGGGGAAAGGUUCGAUGGGCGAAAUGGGGACCAUAGGGUAGUCAUCGAAAGGAUACGGUUAGCGAUGGCAGCCAUCGAUCUCUGCUCUCCCUCUUUCAAAAGCUCGUCUUUCCAACGAUUUCGGGGAGAAAAGGCGUCGAUCUGCUUGGUAUAUGGCAGAGCGCUUGCGAAGGAUAAUCGGAAGAGGGCAGCAACCUGCAAUGCCUCAAACAGUUCCCCUGGAGGAGUGAGAAGCGGCAGCAGGAGAAGCAGGAUGGAAGACUAUAACACAGCAAUGAAGAAGAUGAUGAGGAACCCUUAUGAAUACCAUCACGACCUGGGCAUGAACUAUAACAUAAUUAGUGAUGAUUUAGUUGUGGGAUCCCAACCUCAGAAGCCUGAAGAUAUUUACCAUUUGAAGGAGGAGGGAGUGGCCUACAUUCUUUGCUUGCAGCAAGACAAAGACAUUGAAUAUUGGGAUAUUGACUUUGCUUCCAUUGCUAAAAGCUGCAGCAAUGUAGGCGUUCACCACAUGAGAAGACCUGCAAGAGACUUUGAUCCAAAUUCCCUGAGGAGCCAAUUGCCCAAAGCAGUUUCUUCACUAGAGUGGGCAAUAUCAGAUGGAAAAGGAAGAGUUUAUGUUCACUGUACUGCUGGGCUGGGUAGAGCACCAGCAGUUGCCAUUGCAUACAUGUUUUGGUUCUGUGACAUGAAUUUGGAUACAGCUUAUAAUAAGCUUACUUCCAAAAGACCUUGUGGACCUAACAAGACCUCAAUUCGUGGAGCAACUUAUGAUCUGGCCAAGAACGAUCCCUGGAAAGAGCCCUUUGAGAGCCUUCCUGAAUAUGCAUUCAAUGACAUUGCUGAUUGGGAGAGAAAACUUAUUAAAGAUCGCGUUCGCGAACUUCGAGGAACCUGAAAACUUUGGUAUUAUACCUUAAUCCUUCACUCAUUUGAUGCAUACAAGCUUCCUUCUUCCAUGAAACUUGUUUCUUCAUCGUUCUAUCUUGAAAGCUAUGUGGUCAAACAUGUCAUAUGAGAAAGCUUAGCUCAGAUAACUAUUCCAAACGUUGAAGUUCUGCUUCCACCACCAUUAAAAUCACCGUUCUUUCACUAAAUAGUUGUAUUGAUAGCAUGUCCUUCCCUGCAUCUGUUCACCAAUACUUCACUCCACCAACAUCCUUAAUGGUGGUGAAUUUUAAGGUGAAGCAGCUCUGCUAUAA